UAAAUGGUUGAAUUGUUUAGCUAUGAUAAUGGAUAAAUGGUUGAAAUGGUCAGCUAAGAUAAUGGAUAAAUGGUUGAGGUGGUUAGCUAAAGGUAAUGGAUAAAAGGCUGAAAUAUUUAGCUAAGAUAAUGGAUAAAUGGUUGAAAUGGUUAGCUAACAGCAAUGAAUAAAUGGUUGAAAUGGUUAGCCAAGAUAAAGGAUAAAUGGUUGAAAUGUUUAACUAAGAUAAUGGAUAAAUGGUUCAAAUGUUUAACUAAAGUAAUGGAUGAGUGGUUGAAAUGGUUAGCUAAGAUAAUGGAUAAAUGAUUCAAAAUGGUUAGAUUUAAGUGGAUAAAUGGUUGAAGUGGUUAGCUAAAAAAUAAUGGAUAAAUAGUUGAAACAUCUAUCAGUCAGCCACAGUUCAAUUCAAUUGCAUGAAAAAAAUACUGUAACAAUAUCCACGGUCAUAUAAUUCAUAGUGCUAAAUAACAUCCAAUUUAAAAUUAGCUCAAUUAGCAAUGAACACAUUUGAACAUGUGUGAUGGUGUUGGAGUACUUGAGUUCAUCUGAUAUGGCUGUGAGGUUAUAUCCGAAACAAACCACUGCUCUAUCAUAAUACUGUGCACACUCUUUAUUCAAUUUGCAGUAUAUUUUAACUAGAGUAGCUGCAGUUUCUUCAGUUUCUUCCCCUGUCCUGUCUAAAGAAAUCUGUGAAAGGAUCAGUUUUAAUUUAUGUUGCAUUAAUGGUUCCAGGAAGGCCCUUUCCUGUUUUGAUGGGCACAGAUGACCCCAGUUUUCCAGUCGUGCCACUUCAUACAUUCAUCACUGGUCACAGUGACACAUCUGCCACAGCUGGGGACAAUUAUAGCUUCCGUAUGCAACAUCCCGGAGGCCAAAUACAAAGACGAUGCAGAAGAUGGAGCAGACCUCAUGCACAGAGGAUCGUAUCCAGCAUGUUCUUGAACGCUGCCUGUGUGACCUCGGUCUUGACACCCCUGACAAACAACUCUGGAAUGCUGGGCUGUGUAUAAACCGCUGGUGCUUAGAGGAACUGGUGAAGAGAGAUCCCCACAACUUCCUCAUCCUCCUGCAGAAAAUUCUGAGGAAAACAAAGGAGGUGCUAGAAAAGUGCCAGUAUGAACUGGUGGUGCCUCUGACUCUCCUGUUCUCUUCAACCCUCCUAAAAGCUCCUUAUGUGGCUCCAGACUGCAAUGUGCUGCAGGAGGCCUACCUGUUGUUCCAUGGUUUCCUGUCCUGGCCUGAUCCAUGCUGCUCUGCCAGUAAACGCCUGCUGAAUAUCAUCCAUCAGGAGCUCAGAGCACCAGGUAUUUCCUUUCAAAGACUGGUGAGGACUGAGCAGGGGUUUCCCCCAGAGAUUCCCAGCUCUAAAACUUUGACGGUGCUUUUAUUGAGCCCAGAUGAGGACGUCCCUCCAGAGGUCCAGUCUGUCUCUGAGCAGCUGAGUAGCACCCAGCAGUCAAACAGAGACGUCACCGUCACCCUCAUCCUGCACGGCUUUCAGGCUGCGCUGGGCACCAAAUAUGACCUGCAUGCGCUCCGCAUUGCCCUGGAGGCAAAGCAGCCUGCAGAGCUGGAGCAGCUCCUGGAGGUAAUGACUGACAGCAUGGAGACGGCAGCCACCACAGCAGAUCUCAGCACAGCUAAACAAGGUCUACAACGCAGCAUGGAGAGGCUCAGAGAAAGCCUUGCUGUUCCUGCUUCUGCUGACUGCCACUCAGACACUGGAGCUGUUGAGACUUUCAUGCUGCCCUUCCCCAAAUGUCACAAAAGCUCCUGGGAAAACGACAACUUUGAUAUUCUGAAUGACAUCCUCGCAAGAGAGUAUGACCUGGAUUCACCUCCAGACUGUUUCCUCAAAACAACAAUGGAAGAGGAUGAUGAUAAUAAUAUUAUUGACACCAGUGUGGAUGAGGAAGACGAGGUGGAGGGAAACAAAGCAGAUCACGACUUUCAAAACCACCGCAUCUCCACCACAUCCUCUUCUUCAAGGGACUCUGUGCUCUCUGGCCACUCUCUGUCCUCCAGCUGGUCUGUGGUCUCUACACCGUCUGGCUCAUCCGGUGUAGAGAGCGACUUCAGCGAGGACACGGGACAUGAGGACACAACGGAAGGACAGGACAGCCAACCAAAGCCUAGAAAGAAACCCAAAAAGAAAUCUAGGUCCCUCUUAGGCGUUGAGCGCUUCUCCUUACUUUUCAAGGCUCCCCGCAGCCCUAACAUUUGCCGCCGUGCCCAAAGCAUGGGCUUCCAUGAUGAUUACGCCAAAGACUUUCAAAGGACUGGGCCACAGCUCAAAUACAAGUCCAUGUCCAGACAGGUUCGGCCUCUGCAGGCACCCACUGCAUCUACAUUUGAUCCUCUCUCCCCCCAGAAGCAUGUGUGCAUCCGCAGGAGGCCAAUUCUAAGCUGCGACGAGGGUGAUGUGGCAGAGGUGGUCACCCUGUUGCGAGUGGUGGUGUUUGGAGGUGACAAAGAGGUUGGCAGGCUGGCCAGAGCAUACAAAGACCUGCAGCAGAAAGAGAGUAAACGUCCCCGACUCACCAAGCAAUGCAAACUGCAGUUUUACUUUGUUCCCACCAAAAGGAAAACUACAGGAAGCCCAGGAGGAGCACACACACCAACCGAGGGUCCGGCAGGAAGUUCAACUAAAGCUGUGGAGUCUACCGACAGUGUACAGGAGGACAGCACAACUGAUAUAGCCCAGAUGUUGGGCAUGAUGGAUCCCUGGUAUGAGCGGAACGUCCUCAGUCUGCUCAGUCUGUCCUCUGACGUCCUUUGUCAGGCUAAGGAAAGUGAUGUCUCAGUGAGCAGUGGCAGCAUGGAUCGUCUUCCUCUGCUGGCCGAUUUGGUGCUUUAUUACUGCAGAAAUGCGGACCAGCCUGUUCUGGUGCAGCUCUACCAGGCUGAGCUGACCCUGGCUGGAGGAGAGAGGAGAAGGGAAGUGUUUAUUCACUCUCUGGAGCUCGGGCACACUGCUGGAACCAGAGCUGUUAAGGCUAUGGGUGCUGCAAGCAAAAGGUUUGGAAUUGAUGAAGAACGGGAGGCUGUCCCUUUAACACUAAAUGUUGCCUACAACAAGGUGGCUGUUAGUGGGAGGAACCAGUGGACCAAGACAGAGAUGGUUUGCACAUCUAUAAAUCUUUACAAAGCCUGCAGGAAACCUGAGCAGUUAGAUUCAAGAGUAGAAAGUCUGCAGCUGACGAUGACAGAAGUCCUGAAGAGGCAGUGCUCCAAGUCUAAAAAGAGCUACAACCAGCACAUCUCAAUGUCAGAGGUGAAGGUGGACAAGGUGCAGGUGAAUGGUGGAGAUGAUGGGACAACAUUUUCUGUGUGUCUGGAUCAGGAUGAGAAGAAGUUCAUCCAAAGUGUCACCAGGUGUGAGGUGUCUCUGUGCUGUAAACCAGGAAGCAGUUCAGACUGGAGGUGCUACAAGCCCUCACCAGGCCAAGUCCAGCCUCUGCACCCAUCCUACUGCUCUCUGCUCUGCCUUCCCAUCACCUCUUUCACCUCAUGUCCCUGACACACGUCAUACUGCAUUCAACCAUGGAAGUGAUAUAUCAUUUACACAGGCACGUAACACAGGAUGGACACUUAAUGUGGUGCAGAGAUAUACUGAUUACUUGAUUACUAUUGUGUACGUUCUGUUGAGGUAUAACAGAGUAAAACCCUUCUUUAAUAAAAUAAGCUAUUUAUUUUGACUUGAUAGCACUGAGAACCUGUUUUUUUAUGUUUCAGAAAAUAUACAUUUUGUCAUGUUUUUAUACAGUUUGUCACAC